GAAGGGUAAUUUGGGGCGUCCAGAGUGAAGCGUUCCACCAGCAGUUGUCACUUCAGCAGUCGGUGGUCGAGUGGCACAUGUGCUGCUCCGAGUUUGUUGGACCCUGUUUCUCUUCAGGACUGUAUCCCUCCGUCAUCUCCGACUUGGACUAUCUCGCGCUUGGACUUCUGCUUUUUUAAAUAACUGGCCUCAAUCCAGAAUCCAGACAGGGUUUUUUUUUUUUUUCCCUCCCUUUAGCACUUCCAAAAAAACGCCUUUUGCCACCUUUGAACUUUGACGGAGCUGCCCAGCUGAGGUGAAGGGGAGGGCAGAAGAUCCUAGUUCAGCCUGAGUGUGGAUGACCUGCCCUCAGAAACAGGACCAUGAUCUGAAGAGGGUGCUGCACACAGAACCCCAUUAUUCCUCUCCUCCUUCUCCCUCUUUUUUUUGUUUUUAUUUUUAUUUUUUUCAGUCAUCGCGGUGAAGGCCUCCCUAUCCGGGCGCUUCGAGCAGAAUCAGCGUGCACAGAGAGGGCAGCCUGAGAGUGACUAAGCAUUUAAAGAGGAAGAAACACAACAACAGUGAUCCGUGACCCCGGACCUUGCCACUCUCCCCUGCUCCUCCCACUGCAACACCAGAACCAUGGGGAGGAAAAAGAUCCAGAUUCAGAGGAUCACUGAUGAACGUAACAGACAGGUGACUUUCACCAAGCGGAAGUUCGGUUUGAUGAAGAAGGCGUACGAGCUGAGCGUGCUGUGCGACUGCGAGAUCGCUCUCAUCAUCUUCAACCACUCCAACAAGCUGUUCCAGUACGCCAGCACCGACAUGGACAAGGUCCUGCUCAAGUACACCGAGUACAAUGAGCCCCACGAGAGCCGGACUAAUGCCGACAUCAUUGAGGCUCUGAACAAGAAAGAGCACCGGGACUCUGAGAGCCCAGACCCCGAGGAGCCCUUCUCCCUCACCCCCCGCACUGAAGAGAAAUACAAAAAAAUUGACGAGGAGUUUGAUAAAAUGAUGCAGAACUAUAGGCUGUCAUCUACAGUCCCACAGCCGACCUUCUCCAUGCCAGUCACCGUGCCAGUAUCCAAUCAGAACGCGGCGGCGGCGGCGGCAGCCCUCCAGUUCAGCAACAAUCCUGCCGGCGCCCUGGUCACCACCACCUCCUUCGUCACCUCCACCCUCACAGAUCCCCGCCUCCUGUCGCCACAGCAACCGGCUCUGCAGAGGAACACCGUGUCACCAGGGUUACCACAGCGACCAGCCAGCGCAGGUGCUCUGCUAGGAGGAGAUUUGGGGAACUCCAAUGGAGCGUGCCCGAGUCCAGUCCCUAAUGGCUACAUCAGUGCCAGGGCCUCCCCGGGCCUCCUCUCCGUAUCCAACGGCAACAGCCUGGGGAAAGUAGUCCUGGCUAAAUCUCCAACUCCACCCAGCCCUCAGAUGGUCAACAGCCGCAAGCCGGACCUGAGGGUCAUCACUUCGCAGAGUGGCAAGAGCCUCAUGCAGCUGACAGAGGAGGAGCUGGAGUUGGUGAGUGAGAAUGCUCAGCGGCUAGGUGGCUCCCAGGUGGCACAGCCGCUCACCACACCAGUGGUCUCCGUGGCAACACCCAGUCUCCUCGCGCCCUUCUCUGGCAUGCAGACGGCCUACAACACUGAGUACCAGCUGACGAGUGCAGAUCUCACAGCGCUCCAGACGUUCACACCACCAGGGCUGGUGCCUGGCAACAUGGCUGCCUGGCAACAGCAACAGCAACCAGCAGUCUCCCAGCAACAACAACAACAACAGCAACAGCAGCAGCAGCAACAGCAGCUGAGCUUGGCGUCACUCAGUAACUUGGUCAUGUGGGGUGCAGAGAAACAGAAUGCGGAGAUGGUUAACUGCAUCUCCAAUUUUGCUGCUAACCUGAGGCCAGUGAGCAACAUACCUCAGGGCGCGCUGACAGUCAACACGAACCCCAACGUCAACAUCAAGUCCGAACCCGUCUCACCCAACCGCGACCGCAGCACUCCCAGCUCCACCAGUGGCGCCGGCGGAGGCGGAGGCGGCCACGGUCAAGUGCAGGGACAAGGUCUGGUGUCGGUCGCCUACCCCGGUACCCUGCGCCUGGAAGCGGGAGGCCAAGGCCGCUCGCCCGUCGACAGCCUCAGCAGCAACGGCAGCUCGUACGAGGGCAGCGACCGGGACGACGGCACCCAGGGCCGAGGCGGGGGUCCGGACUUCCACCACCAGGCCGGUGCUGGAGCCCAGCAACCCACCAUGGUCCUCCUGCGGCCCUCUUCGGCGGAGCCACAGGAACAGGACGGGACCAACGUCAAGAGGAUGAGACUGGAUACCUGGGUCACAUAGAGAGAUGGAUGGGAAGAGAAGGAUGGACAGAUGGAGGAUGGAGAUGUGUACUUGUGGCUUGUGUACAUGCCCCCACCAGCCCCGACGACCCCAUUCUCCCCCUUUCAUACACACAUAAUAUACCCACCGUCGAUCCAGUAACCUACUGCCCACACAGGAAGCCCUGACCUUCCACAUACAUACACAACACGAGUAUGCUAACACACUCUUGUCGCACGUGUGGACACUGACGCUCACUUGUAUGGCAAUGUGCAUUCACUUUUGAACUCUAAUGUACUCUCA